AGAAGUGGAAGGCAGAGGUGGUGCUGAGGCAGGAGAGCCCCAUGCUGGGGAAGAGGCUGAGCUGGGAGUGCCCAGCAGCGAGAAGGUGCUGUGUCCAUGGCCUGUGUGCCAGCAGGAUUUGUCCUUCCCAAAGUUUGGGAGGAUGAAGGAGGAGAGGAAAAAAACGUGGGCCCCUCAGGCAGGCCCCGAGCUGAGGACGGAGAGCACGGAGGACAAAUCCCCCCGGCAGAGCCUGGUGGGAGAGGCCGUUUUGAAGGGCUCCCCAGCACAGGAAGGCAGUGGGGAGGAAAAGGCCCGGAGAUGCCCCCGGAGGAGGGGCUGCAAAGCCAGCCCAGGGAGCUGUGAGGAGGAAAGACCCAUCCUGUGCUGGGAAGGCGGCUGGAGCUUGAGCCGGAGCUCCAACCUGGAGGUCCCUGAGCAGCCUCCCAGCAGGGAGAAGCCCUUCAGGUGCUUGGAAUGUGGGAAGAACUUCAGAAAGAGCUCCAACAUGAUCCGACACCAGCACAUCAACACUGGGGCACGGCCCUACUCAUGUAAGGAAUGUGGGAAGAGGUUUCAGAGCAGAUCACACCUCCUCAUUCAUGAGAAGACACACACGGGGGAGAGGCCCUUCCUCUGCACUGACUGCAGGAAGGGCUUCAAGUUGAACUCCCACCUUGUCACCCACCGGCGCAUCCACACCAGAGAGAGGCCCUACAAGUGUGGGGAGUGUGGGAAGAGCUUCAACCAGAUCUGCACCUUGAUGCGACAUCAGAACAUUCACACUGUGGAACGGCCCUACCAGUGCUUGGAAUGUGGGAAGAGGUUUAGGGGCAGCUCAGAUCUCCUCGUGCAUGAGCAGACACACACAGGGGAGAGGCCCUUCCGCUGCACUGACUGCGGGAAGGGCUUCAACCAGAACUCCACCCUCAUCAGGCACCGGCGCAUCCACACCGGAGAGAGGCCCUACAAGUGUGGGGAGUGUGGGAAGAGCUUCACCCACAGCUCCCACCUGACCAGACACCAACGGACCCAUCGGAAAGGAAGGUGCUAGGAGUGCCCCGACUGCAGGAAGAGCUUCGGCCACUGCUCCCACCUCAAAUGACGCCCCUGAUGGUGAGGCAGCCCCUGGAGUCCAGUGACUGUCAGUCCAUCCCUUUCUACCAGAAAGGACCAGUCCCCUUUGCCAGGGGCAGGUUGUGCCAACAGAACCCUUCUUGGGGGGAGUGUGGAGAUUCCUGCCUUGGCUGGGACCCCCCAAGGUCACUGCUGGAGGUUGAGAGCAGAGAUCUCCCCACGAGCGUUGGUCCGGGGGAGUUCCAUCCCUCUCUACUUCAUAAUUCUUGCUUUGGUGCCAGCUUGAGUAGAAUUGCUUCAACAAUUGGUUUAGUGUAGAACACUGUCCUAUCUUAUGCUGUACUACUGGUAGUUUUAGUGUUUCUAUUGUGCAGGAAAUAAUUCUGAUGAAGAUCUUUUGUCUGAUCAUUUGUUACCCUAAAUAAUUAA